AUGAGUUUCGUUGAAAAUUUAUUCAAAGAUCUUUAUCAAGAAAAAUUACUUACCUAUCGAGUAUCUGAUUUGCUUAUUAUUCUGUCAAACGAUAAAUCGAAGGAUAAUUACAUUUGCAUUAGUAUCGAAACGGAUUUAAAUACUCGUCGAUUUUGUUAUUUGACAUUAGAUGAAUUGCUUAAUAUCUAUCAACUGUGUCCGGUAUCUGAGCGUUGUUUUUAUGAAUUGAUUAGUUCGGAACAACAUGUGAAACCAUAUAUUGAUUUUGAAUACUAUAUUGAUUACAAUCCUGAUAUUCGUGAUUCUCGUAUUGGAGCCAUCACCUGUUUAAAGAUUCUCCAUUUGUUAUUUGAUUUUAAUAUGAAAUACAAUUACAUCCAGGGUGAUAAUAUUGAUUUUGUUCUUGAUAAAUUCCUUGUUUUGGAAGCGUCAACAUCACAGAAGAUAUCAUACCAUUUUAUUCGUAUGAAUGGACAAUUUAUUUUCGAAAAUAAUCAAACUUUCGGAUUGUUUUUCAAAGCCACAAUUCAUUUUUUCCUUCGAAUCAUUGCAAUUCAUAAAUGUGACUCAUUUAAUCUGGAUCAAUCAUUCGAAAAAUGUACUAUCUCUGAUUUAAUCGAUUUAUUAGGCAAAGCUGUUCCUGUUUUACGUACACGCUGUACCAAAUGUUAUGUCUAUUCGAAAUUUAUCACAAUUUCGAAACUUGCUUAUCUUUUGGUUUUGAAUAAAGACAACCAAUACACGUUGGCAAUUGAUCUAUGUGUUUAUUCAAACAAUCAACAAUUUCGUAUGUUUGAUUGCGUCAAAAAACACAAACAAAAUCCACUGGUCAUAAGCUCUUCAUUCAUACCUACUCAAUCCAUUACACAUUCAUACAAGGAAAUAUUGAAAUAUUCAUUGUUAACUUAUCAUGAAACAAAAGAUGUGUCUUUAUUAUGUCAAAAAAACAAUCAGUUUGCAUAUGAACAUUCAAAUCAUCAUGAUCAAACAAUGCAUGAAACUUGCGAAUUGAUAGAUUUGAAUAAACUGAAUGAUCAUAUGAGAAAUUUUUAUGCCAAUGUAUCCAAUUGUAAAAAGAUGUCUAAUCAUUCCAAUUCAUAUGCUUCUUCAUGUUUGAUAAGCACUAGACAUAUGAAUACCGAUUCAAUGGAUUUAUCCAUGAAAGAAAUCGUAUCGUUCAUUGAGAAGAUAAUUACCAAUGAUCCUUCUCAUUUAGGUUAUAUACGAUCAUACAUUCAUGGUAACCGAAAUCC